AUGUUGACGGAAAAGGAGCAGCUUGAUCUGGACCUCCCUGAACAUGUUGUACUCAACAUCCUCUGCCGGUUGCAGGUCAAGUCCUUGAUCCGCUUCACCUGUGUCUCAAAACGGUGGCGUUCUCUUAUCGUUUCCGACAUCCAGUUUGCCAACUCCCAUUUCCAUCUAGCAUCUCACCUCCGUCAAAAUGUCCUUAUCGCCACCCACCCUGCUUCGUUACCAUCUCGAUUUCGGUUCCUUGAUUAUAACUUUUCGAUCAGAAAUCUCACCUGCCCAUUCGAGCCGAAUAGCCACAUUGUGGUGUGUCCCCGAGCUAACAGUUGGAAAGCUGUUAAAGCUCCUUACUUGUCGCCAUACCCCCUCUGGUCUAAACAAUGGGGGACACAUUCAAAUGGAGCAAUUCAUUGGGUCAGUCAACGCGAACCUGGGAUUUUCGAGCCACCUGUUUAUGCUUUUGAUCUGACAAGUGAGGAGUUUCGGGAAAUGCCAUUGCCUGUUCUUAGCCAUAAUGAAGAUAGCCUGAAAAUGAGGCGAAUGAGAACUCCGGUUCUUUCAGGAGGAUGUCUUUGUGUGCUCUUUCAGGAUGAUGAUGAGUGUAGUGAAUUUUGGGCGACGAAAGAGUAUGGGGUGCCUAAAUCUUGGGCUAAACUAUUUCGGUUUAAUGUACGAGAUUUACCAGAUGUGUUUUCUCCUUUAUUUAGCUGCUAUUUCUGGGAUCCUAUUUUCCUUGCAGAAAAAGGUACAGUUGUGAUCACACUGCCUAAGAAGAUGGAGUUGGUCAGAAUUAAGUGCUGUAAAGAUCUGUACUGA